UGCACACAGGAUGUAACACGCCAAAAAACGGAAGAAGAAGAAGUAGUAGCUUCACUCGCUGUAUCUCUUCAUGCUGAAGCAGAACACACACGAGAAUCGUGUCGUAUUUUUCUCCGGAAGCUUGCUGUGUAUUUAAAAAUCAUGGCUGAUGAAGAAUUGGAAGCCAUUAGGCGGCAACGUAUGGCAGAACUGCAGGCGAAACAUGGGGACCCUUCCAGUGACCAGCAGGGGCAGCAGGAGGCCAAACAGAGAGAGACUGAGAUGAGAAACUCUAUAUUGGCUCAAGUCUUGGAUCAGUCUGCCCGUGCCAGGUUGAGUAAUUUGGCUCUUGUAAAGCCAGAUAAAGCAAAAGCUGUGGAGAAUUACCUGAUACAGAUGGCUCGCUUUGGACAGCUUGGAGGAAAAAUUACAGAGGCUGGAUUAAUAGAGAUCCUGGAGAAAGUCAGUCAACAAACAGAGAAGAAAACAACUGUAAAGUUUAACCGACGGCGGGUAAUGGACUCGGAUGAUGAGGAUGAUGACUGAUAUGCAGGUGUCAUGAGUCAGCUAGGCUUUCUGUACUCAUGGUACUUUUGGUACUCUGGUCUGCUGACCAGGACAUGACAGUGACUGACAGAUCAGUUGCCCUGCCCAAAACACAAUCACAGCCAAAGUAUUUUGAUCUGUGGUGAUACAGGAACUCUGUUACUGUUUUUCAUCUUUAGUUUAGCAUAUCCUCUUCAAUCAACCUUUUGCAGCAAUGCUGCUACAUAUUUAGAGACUUUUUUUUGAGAAUACAGUGGACAAUUCUGAUCUGUUGUUAUUGCAGUAAUUGGAACUUGCCCCAUAUCCUUAAUUGUGUGGACUUUUUUUGAGGAGACCUAUAUGUGCAACUGUUUACAUAAUAAAGGCCUUAAACAAAAUUUUAAGAAAUUCUUGUUACAUCGGUUUCAUUGCUUGUAACCAAACUACGUUUUUUUCUCUCUCUCUCUCUGGG